AUGGCGAACAAGGGCCCAGCCUAUGGCAUGAGCAGGGAUGUCCAGUCCAAGAUCGAGAAGAAGUACGACGACGAGCUGGAGGACCGGGUGAACAGCCUCUACCCCUCCGGCUCCAAGCCCGUCAAGAUCCCUGACACGCCCCCCACCAUGGUCUUCAAGCAGAUGGAGCAGAUCGCCCAGUUCCUCAAGGCAGCUGAGGACUAUGGCGUGGUCAAGACCGACGUGUUCCAGACUGUCGACCUCUUUGAGGCCAAGGACAUGGCAGCAGUGCAGAGGACACUGAUGGCCCUGGGGAGCCUGGCGGUCACCAAGAACGACGGCAACUACCACGGGGACCCCAACUGGUUCAUGAAGAAAGCGCAGGAGCACAAGCGGGAGUUCACCGAGAGCCAGCUGAAGGAGGGCAAGAACGUCAUCGGCCUACAGAUGGGGAGCAACAAGGGAGCGUCACAGGCGGGGAUGAGCUACGGCCGGCCCCGGCAGAUCAUCAGCUAG